AUGGUUAGUAAUUUCUUCCAUGUCAUACAAGUAUUCAAGAAAUCUGUUACCUUGAUUAGUAAGACUGACCACAUUGAUUUUGUCAUUUAUUCAUGGAGGAAGUCCACCACCCACUUGGGGAGCAGAAGGAAAUCUGCCAUCUCAAUUAACUUAACUCCAGAAGUUUCUUUGCAGAAAUAUGACUGUUCCUUCAGUGGGACAUCAUUUGUGGGCUUCUGUCUCUUUUUGGUCUGUGCACUGGCUGGAGAUGCAGUCUAUGCUGACAUCAAAACUGUCAGGACUUCCCCGUUAGAACUCCCAUCUCCACUUCAGAGAUCUGCUUCUUUCAACUUUGCUACUGUUCUUAAAUCAUGUCCUGCCAAAGACUGGAAGGUGCAUAAGGGAAAAUGUCACUGGAUUGCUGAAACUAAGAAAUCUUGGAAUGAAAGUCAAAAUGACUAUGCCACGAAAAAUUCAUAUCUCAUGGUGAUUCAACACAUUACUGCUAUGAUGAUCACCUUUUUGCUGUACCUUCAAAUGGCAUCUUUUCAAUGUCUGUACCUCUCUGAUGUCUCUCUGUGUAAAUUUCUUCUUGUAAGGACAUUGUCAGAUUGGAUUAGGGCCCACCCCAAUGGCCUCACUAAAUCCAAUCUUUGUUGACAUAUGCAAGUUCCUAGACUUCAGUGCUGAGGAGAUAGAGGCUACAGGCAUCCAUAUGUCUGCCUCUGGGGUCUUCUCACGAAGAGGCCUCUGAUGAAGAGAACAAAGCUCUGCUUGAUAUCCCAGUUUGAGCAAGAGGGAUGGGACAAGUUCUUGGCAGCCACCAGCCGCCAGGAGACGGCUGAAAUAGACAGUCAAUUUCCAGGUUAUUGGGAAAUUCAAGACCAAUAAGUAGAAUUGUCUGGAGGUGAACUCCCUGGGACAGUGUUCGUCAAGUUGCCAUGCCCUGUCUGAGUCAGAGUUAGUGUUAGUCAGAGAUACAGUGAAGUCGAAGGAGGAUGAGGAAGACUGACUGGUGAUAGCAGAUAAAAGAAAUAUGAAUCAGUGGGAUAAAUGAAGAUGACCAAGUUUGGCGAGAAGACAAUAUCGUGAGAGAAGGUAUCCCGAGACCGAGUGAGACACAGAUAUAGGAACAGGAUCCUGGGCCUGCCUGCUCCAGGAGAAGCAUGGAAAAGGCAAGUUGUGAGGGCAGAAGACAGUCCCACAAGAACAUGAAAUACAGUCAUGCAAAGGGCUGGGGAGGCAGAACCACAGUGGUGAGAAUGAGCCAGAAAGGAGAUGUGGGGAGCAAGGACUCAUGGCAGAGAAGGCCCUGGUAACCAAGAUAAGCAAGUCAACUGUGAAGGUGAACUAAGAACACAUGACGGAUGAGUGGAACCCAGGGGCCAGAAAGUCUUCGAAGGCAGAAGAUACAAGGCAAUUUGUGGGCAGGAGGGAAAAAAGUAGUGACAAUGUGCAGGCCAAUGUCAGAGGGGCCUCUGAUGGCAGAGAGGAGGCCAAUGAUGUCAGUAAGGAGUGCUACAGGAACAGGACCCAAUGUGACGUUAUGA